UAUCACAAACCUUAAAUGGAAUCUACUCUUUGCCUCAACUACGGCCCACUGCCCUCUCUAGCCCAAAGAAUUCCUUUCACGGUGAGCACCACAAGGGCCACGAUGCCACAUUUUAGCUUUGGUCAUUCUUCUCUUUCACUUUCUAAUGCUUCCAGAACCCACCUGAUGGGACAUGCCUUCAGUCCCAUAACUAAGAAGAAAACUCUAUCUCUUAGGGUAUCAGCAUUCCCAAGGGGUGGGAAGGAUGCACUAAAGUCAUUGUUGGACGUGGGUGUUUACCUUGCCUCCCAAGUUGAGUUGAACUCUCUCGGCUUUCCUAAAACGCCUUCAUUGGAACAAGCCAAUACCCUUUAUAAGAAUGAGGCAAUGCGGCUACUGAAAUCAGGGAAGGGUAAUGAGGCUGAGGAACUACUGGGAAAAGCAAUUGAGGAAUGUGGUUAUUCUGAGUCUGAUUACUAUUUGGCUAUAAUAUUAGCAGAAAUUCUCAUCUUUAAGGGAAACUAUCAACAAGCUCAUAAAUGUCUCGAGGAUCAUCAACUCCCAUCAGAUGCUCGAUAUGCUCUUUACAAGGCUAUUGUAUGUACCAUGUUGGAUAAGAUGGACGAGGCAGAGAAGUGGUGGGAAAGUUUCACUGAAGGAAGAUCUGAUUCUGUUAUACCUAAUCACCCGGAACACCAAGGCUAGGGGCACCCCCUGGAUUUUUAAAUAUUAUACCUAUAAAUAAAAUUUUUAAACUGAAAUUAAAAUUAAUUAU